AUAUAAAAAAUAAAAUUUCUGAUGAUAUAAAAAUUUUAAAGAAAUAUAAAGUAAUGAAUCAAGAUGUUUUAGAUUAUUAUGAAAAUCUAGAUAAAAAAUUAAAAGAUAAUACAUAUCCCAAUGAAAUGCAUACUACUUCUUUAGUUCAAACAACUGAAUAUAGUACAUAUGAAGAUAAAACAAUAAGUGAACUUGAGCAAGAAUUCAAUAAUAAUAAUGAAAAACUUGAUAAUAUAUUACAAGAUAUCAAUGCAAUGAAUUUAAAUAUAAAUAUUCUCCAAACAUUAAAUAUUGGUAUAAAUAGAUGUAAUACAAAUAAUGAAAAUGUAGAACACUUACUUAACAAGAAAAUUGAAUUAAAAAAUAUAUUAAAUGAUCAAAUGAGUAUUAUAAAAAAUGAUGAUAUAAUUCAAGAUAAUGAAAAAGAAAACUUUUUAAAUGUUUUAAAAAAAGAAGAGGAAAAAUUAGAAAAAGAAUUAGAUGAUAUCAAAUUAAAUAAUUUGAAAAUGGACAUCCAUAAAUUGUUGAAUUCGUAUUACGAUUCAAAGAAAAAUAUAGAAAGCAAUGAUAAAAUAAAUUUAGAUUCUUUCGAAAAGGAAAAAGAUAGUUGGGUUCAUUUUAAAAGUGAUAUAGAUAGUUUAUAUGUGGAAUAUAACAUAUGUAAUCAAAAGACUCAUAAUACUAUCAAACAACAAAAAAAUGAUAUCAUAGAACUUAUUUAUAAACGUAUAAAAGAUAUAAAUCAAGAAAUAAUCAAAAAGGUAGAUAAUUAUUAUUCUCUGUCAGAUAAAGCUUUAACCAAACUUAAAUCUAUUAAUUUUAAUAUAGAUAAGGAAAAAUAUAAAAAUCCCAAAAGUCAAGAAAAUAUUAAAUUAUUAGAAAAUAGAGUUAUGAUACUUGAAAAAAAGAUUAAUGAAGAUAAAGAUGCUUUAAUACAAAUUAAGAAUUUAUCACAUGAUCAUUUUGUAAAAGCUGAUAAUGAGAUAAAGAAGGAAAAGGAGAAGGUGGACGACGAACAAACACACUAUAGUGAAAAAAGAAAAGUAAUGGGAGAUAUAUAUAAGGAUAUUAAAAAAAAACUAGAUGAGUUAAAUAAUAAAAAAUUGAUAGAUAUUACUUUAAAUGAAGCAAAUAAAAUAGAAUCAGAAUAUGAAAGAAUAUUAAUUGAUGAUAUUUGUGAACAAAUUACAAAUAAAGCAAACAAAAGUGAUACUAUUAAGGAACAAAUCGAAUCAUAUAAAAAACAUAUUGAUUAUGUAGAUGUUGACGUUUCCAAAACGAGUAACGAUCAUCAUUUGGAUGUAGAUAAUAUAAAUAAUUCUUUUUUUAAUGUAGAUACAUUAAAUUAUAAAGCAUAUUUUGAUAAAUUAAACGAUUUAUAUGAAAAUAUAAGAAAGUUAACAAAUGAAUCUAAUGGACUAAAAAGCGAUGCUCAUAAUAACAACACACAAGUUGCUAAACUAAAAGAAAUUAAUUUACAAGUAUUUAGCAAUUUAGGAAAUAUAAUUAAAGAUGUUGAAAAACUUGAAAAUACAUUAAAUGAACUUAAAGAUAUGUACAGUGUUCUAGAAACGAUCGAUAUUAAUCAAAUAUUAAAAAAUAUUCAUAAUAGCAUGAAGGAAUCAGAAGAAUAUAGUAAUAAAACGAAAAAAAUAUUUGAACAAUCAGUAAAUAUAACUAAUCAAUUUAUAAAAGAUGUUGAAAUAUUGAAAACGUCUAUUAACCCAAACUAUGAAAGCUUAAAUGAUGAUCAAAUUGAUGAUAAUAUAAAAUCACUUCUUCUAAAGAAAGAGGAAAUAUCCGAAAAAAGAAAA